CCGCCUACUCUCGGUCAAUCAGCACACAACCUGCCGUUUCUUAUAUACUGUGGGGACCAUAGUAUUGCGUUCAUACGUUUCGCUUUAGAGUUUCAACCAACAUGGCCACGAAAGCCGUCUGCGUCCUCAAAGGCACUGGAGAAGUGACCGGCACAGUUUAUUUUGAACAGAGUAAUGGUGCAUCAGUGAAACUUACAGGACAGAUCACAGGCCUGACCCCUGGUCUGCAUGGCUUUCAUGUUCAUGCCUUUGGAGACAAUACAAAUGGGUGCAUCAGUGCAGGACCUCACUUCAACCCCCACAACAUGACCCAUGGUGGGCCAACUGAUGAGAUCAGGCAUGUUGGAGAUCUGGGUAAUGUGACUGCCGAUUCCGAUGGAAUUGCUAAAAUUGAUAUUGAGGACAAGAUAGUGUCCCUGACAGGGCAAUACUCGAUCAUUGGGAGGACCAUGGUGAUUCAUGAGAAGGAAGAUGACUUGGGCAAGGGCGGAGAUGAUGAAAGUCACAAAACAGGCAAUGCAGGAGGUCGUCUAGCUUGUGGUGUGAUAGGUAUCACUCAGUGAAACCAGUUUCACCGCUUCCUUUCCACACUGGAACCUCAACUAUACGUGACCAACGUUUCUGCCCCCAACUAAGCCCUUAAAACAAAUAAAUAGUUUUAUUUUUACAGAAAUAUAGAAUGGUCAUACCAUCUCCUAAAUUUGUUUUGCAGCUACUUAUGUUCAAUAAGUAUUGGAAUUAGUGGUGUUUCUUUAAUGGAGUCUCAUUCAUCCAAUAAACGUUUGUUCCAUACCACUAUUAA